GUUCAAAGGUCAAAAAGCAGCUGUGCAUAUGGCGCGUGUUCAUGCGGCAGUACUGUGUCGCUACUGUCGCGUAAAAGUGCAGUAGUUUUACCAUAGUUUGAUGUUUCAUCGUGGUGUAAUUCAAGUAUUAAAAUAAACUUUAAAAGUGUCAGAUAGUUUUGGUGUAUUAAAUGGCAGGUCCAGAGCUGCUGCUAGACUCCAGUAUUCGCCUGUGGGUUGUUUUGCCCAUAGUCUUCAUCACAUUCUUCGUCGGAGUUCUGCGGCAUUACGUUACUCAACUAAUUCAUAAUGAGAAGAAAGUGGAUCUGCAGCAGGUGUCUGACAGCCAGGUGUUGCUGCGCAGCCGCAUCCUGAGAGAAAAUGGAAAAUAUCUUCCCAAACAGUCAUUUGCCAUGCGAAAACACUAUUUCAACAACCCUGAGACUGGAUUCUUCAAGAAGGUCAAAAGAAAGGUGAUACCCAAAAACCCCAUGACCGACACCAGCAUGUUGACGGACAUGAUGAAAGGGAACCUGACCAAUGUGCUGCCAAUGAUUCUGAUUGGAGGAUGGAUCAACUGGGCCUUUUCUGGGUUUGUCACAACUAAAGUUCCGUUUCCUCUGACUCUGAGAUUCAAGCCCAUGUUACAGAGAGGAAUUGAGCUGAUCUCUCUAGACGCAUCCUGGGUCAGUUCAGCAUCAUGGUAUUUUCUCAAUGUGUUUGGGCUCAGAAGCAUGUACACUCUCAUACUUGGACAAGACAAUGCUGCAGAUCAAUCAAGGAUUAUGCAGGAUCAAAUGACGGGAGCCGCUAUGGCGAUGCCUCCUGAUCCUAAUAAAGCAUUCAAGAGCGAGUGGGAAGCUCUGGAGAUUGUGGAGCACAAAUGGGCCCUUGAGAAUGUAGAAGAGGAACUCAUGUGUCAGGAUCUGAACUUCCGAGGACUCUUUAGCCAAGAACUACAGUAAAAACAGCCCUGUUCUGACGACUGUCUGAUUGCAAAUCACCAGUGCUGUUAAGAUGGUUUAAUUCACAAGCUGAUGUAAUUCUUAACAUGAUUCAAAUGUUGGUACUCAUAGACUGCAGUGAUCGUGAUAGCGGUUAGUUUGAAUGUCCUGCAAAGCAUCUACAAUAUGUCUGACAUGUUUUUGUGAACUGUGAGCGUUGCACAUGAACAUUUAAUUUGUUGUAAGCACAGAAUAGAUCGAAAUUUUAUUCAUUUUUGCCAGAGGUGUUAAUAUACAGAAUUUCUCAAGUCUUAAUAGUGUAUUUAUGUGUGAAGCGAUGCCUUGAAAAUAUAUUUUUGGGUUAGUUGUUUCUAAAGUGUUCUUAAAAUGUCAGUUUGGUUUUCAUCUUUGAUUACACGGUCUCUAUCCGGCAGAUUUUCUCUAGCAUGGUUUGUAAUUACAACAAGUUCUUUAUUUACAAGCCAUUAUUUCAGUCAGAGUUAUUAUAACAGCAAAUUGAAUGUAAAACAGAUACUAUUUUGGUCACUGAACAAGAGAUAUUUAAUAAACAUCAUAUGGAACCCUAAGGUGAGGAGGAAAUCA